CGCGGCGGCUCCGCCGGGCCGGCAGCACGGGGGCCUCUCCCCGCCGGGCAGCCCCCGCGGCGAGCCCGAGCCCCUGCCAUGUAGGCCGUCUGGAAACCGGAACAAUCCUCAUGGCUUGAGGCGGGCUUGCCGCAAGUUUUCCUUGAUUUUUAGUGAUUUUCUUUUUUUAGUCUUACAUGGUUUUAUUACCUCUUUUUAAUUACCGUUUUCGGAAGAUGAAAUGCUUUUCUCGUUACCUGUCGUACAUCUUCAGGCCUGCCACCUCCAUCCUGUCCUGCAGCUGCCACACGGAAGCUGACAUUAUCUCUACAGUUGAAUUCAACCACACAGGAGAAUUACUAGCAACAGGGGACAAGGGGGGUCGGGUUGUAAUAUUUCAGCGUGAGCAGGAGAGCAAAAACCAACCCCAUCGCAGGGGAGAAUACAAUGUUUACAGCACUUUCCAGAGCCACGAGCCAGAGUUCGAUUACCUGAAGAGUUUGGAGAUAGAAGAGAAGAUCAAUAAAAUACGAUGGCUCCCACAGCAAAAUGCAGCCUAUUUCCUGCUCUCCACCAACGAUAAAACUGUGAAGCUAUGGAAAGUCAGUGAGCGAGACAAGAGGCCGGAGGGAUACAACCUCAAGGAUGAAGACGGACGCCUCCGAGACCCCUCCAUGAUUACCACACUGCGGGUGCCCGUGCUCAGGCCCAUGGACCUGAUGGUGGAGGCCACUCCCAGGAGGGUGUUUGCCAACGCUCACACAUACCACAUCAACUCCAUAUCCGUCAACAGCGACUACGAGACCUACAUGUCGGCAGACGACUUGAGGAUAAACCUGUGGAACUUUGAAAUCACGAAUCAAAGUUUCAACAUCGUGGACAUCAAGCCAGCCAACAUGGAGGAGCUGACAGAGGUGAUCACUGCCGCUGAGUUCCACCCACACCACUGCAACACUUUUGUCUACAGCAGCAGCAAAGGCACCAUCCGGCUGUGCGACAUGCGCACCUCCGCCCUCUGUGACCGCCACGCCAAGUUUUUUGAGGAGCCCGAAGACCCAAGUAACCGGUCAUUCUUUUCUGAGAUCAUCUCCUCGAUCUCCGAUGUCAAAUUCAGCCACAGCGGGAGGUACAUCAUGACCAGGGACUAUCUAACCGUCAAAGUGUGGGACCUGAACAUGGAGAACCGGCCCAUCGAGACUUACCAGGUCCACGACUACCUGCGAAGCAAGCUGUGCUCGCUGUACGAGAAUGACUGCAUCUUCGACAAGUUCGAGUGCGUGUGGAACGGCUCCGACAGCGUCAUCAUGACCGGCUCCUACAACAACUUCUUCCGCAUGUUCGACCGCAACACCAAGCGCGAUGUGACGCUGGAGGCCUCGCGGGAGAACAGCAAGCCCCGGGCCAUCCUCAAGCCCCGCAAGGUCUGCGUGGGCGGCAAGCGGAGAAAAGAUGAAAUUAGUGUGGACAGUUUGGACUUCAGCAAAAAGAUCUUGCAUACAGCUUGGCACCCUUCAGAAAAUAUCAUUGCCGUGGCAGCAACAAAUAACCUGUAUAUAUUCCAGGACAAGGUUAACUAGGAGGAUAAGUUAUUCUUUAGGAAUCUCAUGUACUGAAUACUAGUAAACACAAGAUUUCAAAUGUUUCUUUUCUUUUUUUUUUCUUCCUUUUUUUUUUCCCCUUUUCCUUCCUAUUCAUUUGUUUAAUUACUGCUCUGCAUAUAGGAGUUGUGCAGGGGCAGGCAAACCAGCUUCACUAUCCACCACUCACUGACACGUAGGGCAGUGGGUGGGCACACCAAGUAGAUACCAGGUUUUCCUUUACUUGUGAAUCGUGAGCUAAGACAUAACAUGGAGCAGGCUGGGAAUGUUUAGGCUUUCAUUAUCCCAGUGUCCUCUGGUGGCAUUGCUAUGGUUGUAGAUGUCUGCUGAUUCAUGUGUGGUAAUACAGCAGUGUGGGGUAUCGAGUCAGCUGCAGAGGGAAAAGAAGGGGAGGUUGUGCACAUGCGUGUGUGUAGGACUGUGUGGUUGGGGUUUUAAUUACAGCAGCCCGUUUGGAUUUUUUAAAACUUUAUCCUAGAAAUGUUCCACUUCUUAUUUUGCAAGAUCAGAAUGUUGUCCCCUUUGCCAUUUUUCACAUUUGUCUUUUUAUUACUUCAUAUUUUUACCAACAGCAACAGCAAAACCAAACAUAAAAUGGAAAAGCUCAGAUUUGCAAUAGACAGGCUUAAAGGAGGAGGGAUGGCACUACACACAAGAUGUGUGCGCGCUAACCAGGCUGCUGCCUUCCGCCUUCACCCCACAGAAACUCUCCUAAGGAUUUGGCUUUGUAGAUACUGUGGUGCCUUUUUUUGCUAUAUGAAAUACCUUUAUAAAUGAUGCUUCCAAAAUGCAUUGAUUGCAAAACAAAUUGAACCUGGGCGCUUUUUUUCUGUGUUUCUUUUAUUUUGCUUUGGUCAUUUUUAAUUGUUCUGUUCUAAGCUCUUGCGUGUUGUGACUCUAUCUCUUUUUCUUUUUUAAUUAAUUUAUUUAUUUAUUCCAUUUUUGUUUUGUUUUGUUUUGAAGAUAAAGUAUAUGUUGCUAAUUUAUGACAUUCUAAAACAGAAUACAACCAUAUAUUGCUGUUAGCACCUGACUGCUUCAGAGAGAGGCUGUCUAUGGUCCUACAUUAUAAUAAUAAUUAUUAUUAUAAUAAUAAUAAAAACAGUAACUCUUCCUCUUUGCAUGGCAAGGCUGCCCUUUCUACUGUAAAGACUGUUCAGAUCCUUCAUUUACUUGAGCAACUGUUCAAUAAAAAAAAAAAAAAAAUCAGUCUGAAACCUGCUCCUGCAACAAAAAGCAAAGGGAUAAAUAAAGUCAAUUAAAAAAUAAAUCAACACCGUCACUUUAGAAAUGGAUCCAUAAGGGUAACCCUGCUGUGCAUCUGUCCUGCUAUGGGCAGUGGGCAUCCCACCAGUGCCUGCAUCCUUGCAAGGAAGUUUACACAAAUUUUUAAGGACAAAAUGCACUCUUUAGACAGUCUCUUUCAUAGACAGUCUCUUUCAUAAGGCAUGAUUUGGAUUUCAAGCAGUUUCUGCAAUGACCUACCGACUCUUACACCUUACAAAUGAGAUUAACUGCCACUUACUCAAGGAACAUAGGUACCACAAGGAAAAACAUGAACUGAAUAGAGGCUGGGACUGGCAUUUAUCUCUCUCUGGCGGGAGAGGAAGAUGUGGUUCAAGUCCCUGGGCUGGUGCUGUUUGACACUCUGUCCCCACCCAGCCAACCUGUGCAGGGCAGGAGCAGGGAGCAUUUGCCUUCUUUAAAGAGAUAAGUACAAGGUGGGGAAAAAAUAAUAUGCACCGGCUUAUAAAUUUACUACAAGGGAUUGCUUUCAGGAGUAACAUUUUUUUUUUAUAACGAAGUGGUAAAAAAAAAAAUAAAUCAGGAGUAAAUGGACCAUUAAGGAAAAAAGUUCUUUUUUUGUUCCUGUAAAGAAAACUUGCACUGGUAUCAAAAGUAAAGUUGUCCCAAACA